AUGUUCGAUCCAGGGGAAAGUGUUGGAGACGAAGGUUUGAUCCGCGCUGUUCAAAGGUUUUGGGACACAGAAUCGCUUGGCAUCUUCGAGCCAAACCCGUCGCUGGAGAAGGAGUUUUUGAGAGAUUCAAAUUUCGACAAGAACCAGGGUCGAUAUCAAGUGAGCCUUCCCUGGAAGGAUGAUCGUAUGCCCACAACAAAUGGAUAUUUUCCAUGUUUGAAACGACUACGACAACUGCAUUCACGCUUGAGAACUGAUCAAGAGCUGCUUGAACAGUACGAUGAAGUCAUACAAGAGCAAAUAAAGUCAGGUAUAAUCGAGAAAGUCCCUGGAUGUUCGGCAAGCGAUGAAGCAACGCAUUUUCUACCUCAUCACGGCGUGAUACGAGAAGAUAAGGCGACUACGAAGGUUCGAGUAGUUUUCGACGGGUCAGCGAAGCACGGUUCAUCGAAUUUGUCCCUCAACGACUGCCUGGAAAAGGGACCGAACUUAGUUCCCCACCUAUUUGACGUCGUUGUAAAGUUCAGGGGUUACCCUGUAGGAAUCGUGGCCGAUGUGGAAAAGGCGUUCCACCAGAUUGAGAUAAAUCCAGAUAACCGGCGAAUGUUGCGCUUCUUGUGGUUCGACGAUAUACGCAAGGAACAUCCAGACAUUGUUGAAUAUCAGUUUUGUUGCCUAGUAUUUGGGUUGACCCCAAGCCCAGCUAUUUUAAAUUCGGUUAUACAACGUCAUUUGGAAUCGCACAAAACGAAAGAGCCCGAAGUCGUUGCAUUGUUGCAAGAGUCGUUCUACGUGGAUGAUUUGGUUGGAGGUGCGAUGGAAGACGACCAGGCUUUAGAAAUCUACGAAAAAGCAAACGACAUCAUGAACUCUGGCGGAUUUAAAUUGCGAAAAUGGAAUUCCAACUCGACAAUUCUUCGGACGAAAGUCGCCGGCGAACUGAAGUGCAGUAAAGUCGACGAAACCGUAUUAACUGAAGUGAAACCCCUCGGGAGUAAGCAAGACGUGUUUACCAACUCGACAGAAAAGGAAAACCGAACUGAGAGAGAUUCAAACGAAGCGAAUGACGACAUUUUGUACGCGCGAUCCGAAGCUGAUGACGAUCCGAAACCAGAAUGUUCUAUAAAAAUUCUAGGACUGAAUUGGAAUAUCAACACUGAUGAAAUUCACUAUGACCUAACUGCAUUGGUGAACUUUGCGGCAACACUUAAUCCUACGAAGCGAUCAGUGCUACGACUCGCGGCUAAAGUGUUUGAUCCACUUGGAUUCCUUACCCCAUUUACGAUCUGUAUGAAAGUUUUGUUCCAAACUCUGUGUGUUCAUGGCGUUAAUUGGGAUGACGUGUUAGACGGAGAAGAGUUAGCGGCAUGGAAAAGAUUUAUCGUAGACCUCUCAGCAUUGAACGACAUUCGAAUACCUCGAUGUUACUUCCGAAGAACCAAAGAGAAACCGACAGGUCACCAGCUUCACGGGUUUAGUGACGCCUCAUCGAAGGCCUACGCAGCCGUAGUGUAUUUGCGAACAGUUCAUCAUAACGGAGAGAUUGAA